UUUGCCUAAAAGCUCCGGUAAAUAAUCCCACGUGUCAGUCCUCCGAUGAAGAACUGUGGCAAAUAGAUAUGGUGGUCGUGGUGAUAUCAUCACCGCCUUCGUCGCUAUCCCCAUUUCUCCUCCAAGUCCGCAACUCUAGAACCUUCGUUUGCACCUCGAUCAGAUCAUCCUCGUCAUCUUCGUCACUCAUGGACGAACACCCAAGGCGCGUGGUGGUUUGUGGCGGUGGAGUCAUCGGCGUUUGCACAGCUUAUUUCUUAGCCAAGAAGGGUGCGUGCGUCACACUCGUCGAGAAGUCCUCCGUGGCCUGCGCCGCCUCCGGGAAAGCCGGUGGUUUCCUCGCACUCGACUGGUGCGACGGUGGGCUCGUUUCUGCCCUGGCCCGGGCCAGCUUCGAUCUGCACCGUUCGCUUGCCCAGGAACUCGACGGGCCACAGUCCUACGGCUACAGACCCCUCACCACUCUCAGUCUCUCCAUUACCGAAUCGCCGGACCCUCCAUCAGGUUCCAAACCCUCCGGUAACUCCAAUAUCGUUCCAGGUUGGGUUGAUGGGCGAAUUCGGAGCUCCAGAACCAUCGGGACCCUCGAGACCACAGCACAAGUUCACCCCCAGCUCUUUACUCGGACCCUGAUUACCAAAGCCGUCGAGAGUUACGGCGUGGAGGUGGUGAUCGGGAAAUUGGAGAGCGUUGAGGUAGAGGGAGGCCGAGUCAGAUCGGUCGUGCUCGAAGGUGGCCGGGUGAUUGACUCGGAUGCUGUGGUAUUGGCACUUGGACCUUGGUCUUGUAAAUUGGAGCUUCUAUCGUCGCUAUUUAGAGUGUACGGUCUGAAAGCUCAUAGCAUUGUGUUGGAGCCGAAAGAGACCGAUGCUAUAACCCCGCAUGCGCUUUUCCUCAGCUACUAUCCGUCUCAAGGGGGAAACCCCUUGGACCCCGAAGUAUACCCUCGUCCCACAGGGGAGGUGUACGUAUGUGGGAUGUCGGCGGAGGCGGAGGUGCCAGAUGAUCCGGAGCAGAUCGCCGGCAACCCGGAAUCGAUACAGGUGCUUAAGAGGGUGGCUAGGACGGUGUCGAGCCAUUUGGGUGAAGGAGAGGCGCAAGUGAAGGCAGAGCAAGCGUGUUUCUUGCCUUGUACCGAUGAUGGUGUGCCUGUGAUCGGGGAGGUUCCUGGAAUUCAAAAGUGUUAUGUGGCAACUGGGCAUAGUUGCUGGGGUAUUUUGAACGGCCCAGCCACUGGGGCUGCCAUGGCCGAGCUUGUGUUGGAUGGGCAUGCUAGCAUUGUUGAUCUUUCUGGGUUUAGUCCUGCUAGAUUUGUUGGGAGUAAGAAAGCUUUGGUUUAAUUUUUUGGUACAUAUGAAGAUCAGGACUUUAUGGACGAUGCUGUUGUAAUAAUUGUUGCUAAAUAAAAGCCGAAGAUUUUGUUUC